AAAUACUCACUAAUGUUGGAUGUUCUAGAGGGACUCAGAUAUUUACAACACAGCUUUCUUAAGUGGCAUGGGAAUUUAAAAAGCUCCAACUGCCUUGUUGAUACUAGAUUUGUCGUCAAAUUAUCUGAUCAUGGUUUGGCUGAUUGGCGCAACAUACGAGACGAAAAGAAUGAAGACCUUCUCUAUAAGAGUCCAGAAGAGCUUUUUGACGAAAGAUCUGGUUUUAUAAAUAAGAAAGCAUCUGAUGUGUAUAGCUUUGGAAUACUAGCACAAGAGAUUGUUAACAGAAGAGGAACAUGGUAUCUCAAAACCGAGAUGGACGUUGAGGAUAUUCUAAAAUUAUUGAGGGACCCCAUGAUGUGUCACAAAAUAAGACCAGAUUUUGAUGAAGAUGUCUGCCCUCCUGCGCUAAAGGAAGUAAUAGGAAACUGUUGGAGUCACAUAGUUGAGAAGAGACCAUCAGUGGACGAAAUCAGUACUUGUAUAAGGAAAAUAGCAUGUAAUGGUAAGAAAGAUCUCAACAUUAUGGACAACUUACUCAACCGAAUGGAACAAUACGCCAACAAUCUCGAAUCUCUGGUAGAGGAACGUACUGGGCAAUACCUAGACGAAAAGAAACGAGUAGAGGACCUCCUAUAUCGGUUACUCCCCAGAUCUGUUGCAAAGCAGCUACAGACAAAAGGAUUUGUGGAACCAGAAUCGUAUGAUUCGGUAUCCAUCUAUUUCUCGGAUAUUGUGGGUUUCACAUCCAUAUCGGCAUCUAGCACUCCACUAGAGAUUGUAAAUUUUCUGAACGAACUGUACACAGUGUUUGAUGCUAUCAUCGAGCAUUUCGAUGUAUAUAAGGUGGAGACUAUUGGAGAUGCGUACAUGGUUGUAUCUGGCUUGCCGAAUCGUAUCUCGCACAAUGCUCAAGAGAUUUGCCACAUGGCUAUUGCCCUACUCAACAUUUCAAAGACAUUUCAAAUCAAACAUAAACCUGAUGAAAAGUUUAGAAUAAGAAUUGGAAUACACACAGGUCAUUGUGCCGUUGGCGUUGUCGGUUUGAAAAUGCCAAGAUACUGUCUGUUUGGGGACACCGUCAACACAGCGUCCAGGAUGGAGUCCACUGGAGAAGCCAUGAAAAUUCAUAUCAGCUCCGAAACAAAAGAACGCAUCGAAGCUGAUUCUCUGUUCAUCACAGAACUUCGGAGCAAAG